GCUUUACCUUGGAAAAAACAAUAUGGUUCAGUGAUACUGAUCAUGUGACUUUAAACAGCUAAUAAAUUCUGAAAUAUGACAGAAGCUUUUAAACAUCGUUAUCAUGGGACUUUCAGUCUGAGAUUUUAGUUUGAGCUCAACCAUCAAUCUAGCAGGUCAUAAUCAACAGGUCUGGGAGAUCUUUUUUGAAAACUAUCAACAUGCUUAGAACUUCACUAAUGAUCAUCAUUUCUUUAUCAGUUCUGAGAACUGUAAUCAUGACCACCACAGCCCCAACCAGUGUUGCACCAACAACUACAGCUGAAUCAACAGUAGAAGAAUCAACAACAGUUUUGACUGAUGCACAAACAACUGCAGCUGAAUCAACAACUACUGGAACUACUCAACAGUCGGUUACAUCAUUCAUCACAACAGAAUCCACCACUCAAGUAACAGCUGGAUCAACCUUAGAAGAAUCAACCACAGAUCUGAUGGAUACAACAACAGCUGCAGCUGAAUCAACAACUACUGGAACUACUCAACAGUCAGUUACAUCAUCCAUCACAACAGAAUCCACCACUCAAGUAACAGCUGGAUCAACCGUAGAAGAAUCAACCACAGAUCUGACAGGUACACCAACAACUGCAGCUGAAUCAACAACUACUGGAACUACUCAACAGCCUGUUACAUCAUCCAUCACAACAGAAUCCAUCACAACAGAAUCCACCACUCAAGUUACAGCUGGAUCAACCUUAGAAGAAUCAACAACAGAUUUGACUGAUGCACCAACAGCUGCAGCUGAAUCAACAACUAUUGGAACUACUGAACAGUCUGUUACAUCGUCCAUCACAACAGAAUCCACCAGUCAAGUUACAACUGGAUCAACCGUAGAAGAAUCAACAACAGAUUUGACUGGUGCACCAACAACUGCAGCUGAAUCAACAACUAUUGGAACAACUCUACAGUCUGUUACAUCAUCCAUCACAACAGAAUCCACCACUCAAGUUACAGCUGGAUCAACCGUAGAAGAAUCAACCACAGAUUUGACUGAUGCACCAACAACUGCAGCUGAAUCAACAACUUUUGGAACUACUGAACUGUCUGUUACAGCAUCCAUCACAACAGAAUCCACCACUCAAGUUACAGCUGGAUCAACCUUAGAAGAAUCAACCACAGAUCUGACAGGUACACCAACAACUGCAGCUGAAUCAACAACUAUUGGAACUACUGAACAGUCAGUUACAUCGUCCAUCAUAACAGAAUCCACCACUCAAGUUACAGCUGGAUCAACCGUAGAAGAAUCAACCACGGAUUUGACAGAUACACCAACAACUGCAGCUGAAUCAACAACUAUUGAAACUACUCAACAGUCAGGUACAUCCAUAACAACAGAAUCCAUCACUGACGUUACAGCUGGAUCAACCGUAGAAGAAUCAACCACAGAUUUGACGAAUGCACCAACAACUGCAGCUGAAUCAACAACUAUUGGAACUGCUCAACAGUCAGUUACAUCAUCCAUCACAACAGAAUCCACCACUCAAGUUACAACUGGAUCAACCUUAGAAGAAUCAACCACAGAUCUGACUGAUGCACCAACAACUGCAGCUGAAUCAACAACUACUGGAACUACUGAACAGUCAGUUACAUCAUCCAUAACAACAGAAACCACCACUCAAGUUACAGCUGGAUCAACCUUAGAAGAAUCAACCACAGAUUUGAAAGAUACACCAACAACUGCACCUGAAUCAACAACUAUUGGAACAACUGAACAGUCUGUUACAUCGUCCAUCACAACAGAAUCCACCACUCAAGUUACAGCUGGAUCAACCUUAGAAGAAUCAACAACAGAUUUGACUGAUGCACCAACAACUGCAGCUGAAUCAACAACUAUUGGAACUACUGAACAGUCUGUUACAUCAUCCAUCACAACAGAAUCCACCACUCAAGUAACAGCUGGAUCAACCGUAGAAGAAUCAACCACAGAUUUGACAGAUACACCAACAACUGCACCUGAAUCAACAACUAUUGGAACAACUGAACAGUCUGUUACAUCGUCCAUCACAACAGAAUCCACCACUCAAGUAACAGCUGGAUCAACCUUAGAAGAAUCAACAACAGAUCUAACUGAUGCACCAACUACUGCAGCUGAAUCAACAACUAUUGGAACUACUCAACAGUCUGUUACAUCAUCCAUCACAACAGAAUCCACCACUCAAGUUACAGCUGGAUCAACCUUAGAAGAAUCAACAACAGAUUUGGCUGAUGCACCAACAACUGCAGCUGAAUCAACAACUAUUGAAACUACUCAACAGUCUGUUACAUCAUCCAUAACAACAGAAACCACCACUCAAGUUACAGCUGGAUCAACCUUAGAAGAAUCAACAACAGAUUUGGCUGAUGCACCAACAACUGCAGCUGAAUCAACAACAAUUGGAACAACUCAACAGUCAGGUACAUCCAUAACAACAGAAUCCAUCACUGAGGUUACAGCUGGAUCAACCGUAGAAGAAUCAAUCACAGAUUUGACGAAUGCACCAACAACUGCAGCUGAAUCAACAACUAUUGGAACUACUCAACAGUCUGUUACAUCAUCCAUCACAACAGAAUCCACCACUCAAGUUACAGCUGGAUCAACCUUAGAAGAAUCAACCACAGAUCUGACUGAUGCACCAACAACUGCAGCUGAAUCAACAACUACUGGAACUACUGAACAGUCAGUUACAUCAUCCAUAACAACAGAAACCACCACUCAAGUUACAGCUGGAUCAACCUUAGAAGAAUCAACCACAGAUUUGACAGAUACACCAACAACUGCAGCUGAAUCAACAACUAUUGAAACUACUCAACAGUCUGUUACAUCAUCCAUAACAACAGAAACCACCACUCAAGUUACAGCUGGAUCAACCUUAGAAGAAUCAACAACAGAUUUGGCUGAUGCACCAACAACUGCAGCUGAAUCAACAACAAUUGGAACAACUCAACAGUCAGGUACAUCCAUAACAACAGAAUCCAUCACUGAGGUUACAGCUGGAUCAACCGUAGAAGAAUCAACCACAGAUUUGACGAAUGCACCAACAACUGCAGCUGAAUCAACAACUAUUGGAACUGCUCAACAGUCAGUUACAUCAUCCAUCACAACAGAAUCCACCACUCAAGUUACAACUGGAUCAACCUUAGAAGAAUCAACCACAGAUCUGACUGAUGCACCAACAACUGCAGCUGAAUCAACAACUACUGGAACUACUGAACAGUCAGUUACAUCAUCCAUAACAACAGAAACCACCACUCAAGUUACAGCUGGAUCAACCGUAGAAGAAUCAACCACAGAUUUGACUGAUGCACCAACAACUGCAGCUGAAUCAACAACUAUUGGAACUACUGAACAGUCAGUUACAUCGUCCAUCAUAACAGAAUCCACCACUCAAGUUACAGCUGGAUCAACCUUAGAAGAAUCAACAACAGAUUUGACUGAUGCACCAACAACUGCAGCUGAAUCAACAACUAUUGGAACUACUGAACAGUCUGUUACAUCAUCCAUCACAACAGAAUCCACCACUCAAGUAACAGCUGGAUCAACCUUAGAAGAAUCAACAACAGAUCUAACUGAUGCACCAACUACUGCAGCUGAAUCAACAACUACUGGAACUACUCAACAGUCAGUUACAUCAUCCAUCACAACAGAAUCCACCACUCAAGUUACAGCUGGAUCAACAGUAGAAGAAUCAACAACAGAUUUGACUGAUGCACCAACAACUGCAGCUGAAUCAACAACUAUUGAAACUACUCAACAGUCUGUUACAUCAUCCAUAACAACAGAAACCACCACUCAAUUUACAGCUGGAUCAACCUUAGAAGAAUCAACAACAGAUUUGACUGAUGCACCAACAACUGCAGCUGAAUCAACAACAAUUGGAACAACUCAACAGUCAGUUACAUCCAUAACAACAGAAUCCAUCACUGACGUUACAGCUGGAUCAACCUUAGAAGAAUCAACCACAGAUUUGACGAAUGCACCAACAACUGCAGCUGAAUCAACAACUAUUGGAACUACUCAACAGUCUGUUACAUCAUCCAUCACAACAGAAUCCACCACUCAAGUUACAGCUGGAUCAACAGUAGAAGAAUCAACAACAGAUUUGACUGAUGCACCAACAACUGCAGCUGAAUCAACAACAAUUGGAACUACUCAACAGUCAGGUACAUCCAUAACAACAGAAUCCAUCACUGACGUUACAGCUGGAUCAACCGUAGAAGAAUCAACCACAGAUUUGACGAAUGCACCAACAACUGCAGCUGAAUCAACAACUACUGGAACUACUCAACAGUCUGUUACAUCAUCCAUCACAACAGAAUCCACCACUCAAGUUACAGCUGGAUCAACAGUAGAAGAAUCAACAACAGAUCUGACUGAUGCACCAACAACUGCAGCUGAAUCAACAACUACUGGAACUACUGAACAGUCAGUUACAUCAUCCAUAACAACUGAAUCCAUCACUCAAGAUAUAACUGGAUCAACCUUAGAAGAAUCAACCACAGAUCUAACUGAUGCACGAACAACUGCAGCUGAAUCAACAACUAUUGGAAGUACUGAACAGUCAGUUACAUCGUCCAUCACAACAGAAUCCAACACUCAAGUUACAACUGGAUCAACCGUAGAAGAAUCAACAACAGAUCUAACUGAUGCACCAACUACUGCAGCUGAAUCAACAACUAUUGGAACUACUCAACAGUCAGUUACAUCAUCUAUAACAACUGAAUCCAUCACUCAAGAUAUAACUGGAUCAACCGUAGAAGAAUCAACAACAGAUUUGACUGAUGCACCAACAACUGCAGCUGAAUCAACAACUACUGGAACUACUCAACAAUCAGUUACAUCAUCCAUCACAACAGAAUCCAACACUCAAGUAACAGCUGGAUCAACUUUAGAAGAAUCAACCACAGAUCUAACUGAUGCACCAACAACUGCAGCUGAAUCAACAACUAUUGGAACCACUCAACAGUCAGUUACAUCAUCCAUAACAACAAAAUCCACCACUCAAGUUACAGCUGGAUCAACUUUAGAAGAAUCAACCACAGAUUUGACUGAUGCACCAACUGCAGCUGAAUCAACAACUACUGGAACUACUCAACAGUCAGUAACAUCAUCCAUCACAACAGAAUCCAACACUCAAGUUACAGCUGGAUCAACCGUAGAAGAAUCAACCACAGAUUUGACUGAUGCACCAACUGCAGCUGAAUCAACAACUACUGGAACUACUCAACAGUCAGUAACAUCAUCCAUCACAACAGAAUCCAACACUCAAGUUACAGCUGGAUCAACAGUAGAAGAAUCAACCACAGAUUUGACUGAUGCACCAACAACUGCAGCUGAAUCAACAACUAUUGGAACUACUCAACAGUCAGUAACAUCAUCCAUCACAACAGAAUCCAACACUCAAGUUACAGCUGGAUCAACAGUAGAAGAAUCAACCACAGAUUUGACUGAUGCACCAACAACUGCAGCUGAAUCAACAACUAUUGGAACCACUCAACAGUCAGUUACAUCAUCCAUAACAACAAAAUCCACCACUCAAGUUACAGCUGGAUCAACUUUAGAAGAAUCAACCACAGAUUUGACAGAUACACCAACAACUGCAGCUGAAUCCACAACUACUGUAACUACUCAACAGUCAGUAACAUCAUCCAUCACAACAGAAUCCAACACUCAAGUUACAGCUGGAUCAACCGUAGAAGAAUCAACCACAGAUUUGACUGAUGCACCAACUGCAGCUGAAUCAACAACUACUGGAACUACUCAACAGUCAGUAACAUCAUCCAUCACAACAGAAUCCAACACUCAAGUUACAGCUGGAUCAACAGUAGAAGAAUCAACCACAGAUUUGACUGAUGCACCAACAACUGCAGCUGAAUCAACAACUAUUGGAACUACUCAACAGUCUGUUACAUCGUCCAUCACAACAGAAUCCAACACUCAAGAUAUAACUGGAUCAACCUUAGAAGAAUCAACCACAGAUUUGACUGAUGCACCAACAACUGCAGCUGAAUCAACAACUAUUGGAACUACUCAACAGUCAGUUACAUCAUCCAUCACAACAGAAUCCAACACUCAAGUAACAGCUGGAUCAACCGUAGAAGAAUCAACCACAGAUCUGACUGAUUCACCAACAACUGCAGCUGAAUCAACAACUUUUGGAACUUCUGAACAGUCAGUUACAUCCUCCAUCACAACAGAAUCCAACACUCAAGUUACAGCUGGAUCAACUAUAGAAGAAUCAACCAAAGAUUUGACUGAUGCACCAACAACUGCAGCUGAAUCAACAACUAUUGGAACUACUCAACAGUCAGUUACAUCAUCCAUCACAACAGAAUCCACCACUCAAGUUACAGCUGGAUCAACCUUAGAAGAAACAACCACCAAUUUGACAUAUACACCAACAACUGCAGCUGAAUCAACAACUAUUGGAACUACUCAACAGUCAGUUACAUCAUCCAUCACAACAGAAUCCAACACUCAGGUUACAGCUGGAUCAACCGUAGAAGAAUCAACCACAGAUUUGACUGAUGCACCAACAACUGCAGCUGAAUCAACAACUUUUGGACCUACUCAACAGUCUGUUACAUCCUCCAUCACACCAGAACCCAACACUCAAGUUACAGCUGGAUCAACCUUAGAAGAAUCAAACACAGAUUUGACUGAUGCACCAACAACUGCAGCUGAAUCAACAACUACUGGAACUACUCAACAAUCAGUUACAUCAUCCAUCACAACAGAAUCCAACACUCAAGUAACAGCUGGAUCAACUUUAGAAGAAUCAACCACAGAUCUGACUGAUUCGCCAACAACUGCAGCUGAAUCAACAACUACUGGAACUACUCAACAGUCUGUUACAUCAUCCAUCACAACAGAAUCCAACACUCAAGUAACAGCUGGAUCAACCGUAGAAGAAUCAACCACAGAUCUGACUGAUUCACCAUUAACUGCAGCUGAAUCAACAACUUUUGGAACUACUCAACAGUCUGUUACAUCCUCCAUCACACCAGAACCCAACACUCAAGUUACAGCUGGAUCAACCGUAGAAGAAUCAAACACAGAUCUGACUGAUGCACCAACAACUGCAGCUGAAUCAACAACUACUGGAACUACUCAACAGUCAGUUACAUCAUCCAUCACAACAGAAUCCAACACUCAAGUUACAGCUGGAUCAACAGUAGAAGAAUCAACAACAGAUCUGACUGAUGCACCAACUACUGCAGCUGAAUCAACAACUAUUGGAACUACUCAACAGUCUGUUACAUCGUCCAUCACAACAGAAUCCAACACUCAAGUUACAACUGGAUCAACCUUAGAACAAUCAACCACAGAUCUGACAGGUACACCAACAACUGCAGCUGAAUCAACAACUACUGGAACUACUCAACAGUCAGUUACAUCAUCCAUCACAACAGAAUCCAGCACUCAAGUUACAGCUGGAUCAACCUUAGAAGAAUCAACCACAGAUCUGACAGGUACACCAACAACUGCAGCUGAAUCAACAACUAUUGGAACCACUCAACAGUCAGUUACAUCAUCCAUCACAACAGAACCCAACACUCAAGUUACAACUGGAUCAACCUUAGAAGAAUCAACCACAGAUUUGACAAAUGCACCAACAACUGCAGCUGAAUCAACAACUACUGGAACUACUCAACAGUCAGUUACAUCAUCCAUCACAACAGAAUCCAACACUCAAGUUACAGCUGGAUCAACCGUAGAAGAAUCAACCACAGAUUUGACAAAUGCACCAACAACUGCAGCUGAAUCAACAACUAUUGAAACUACUCAACAGUCUGUUACAUCAUCCAUCACAACAGAAUCCAGCACUCAAGUUACAGCUGGAUCAACCUUAGAAGAAUCAACCACAGAUCUGACAGGUACACCAACAACUGCAGCUGAAUCAACAACUAUUGGAACCACUCAACAGUCAGUUACAUCAUCCAUCACAACAGAAACCACCAAUCAAGUUACAGCUGGAUCAACAACUGAAUCAACAACUUCUCUCAGAAUACAAUCUGAAACACAGCCACUAACAAGUGUACUGGAAUUCACUACAACUACAACUCUUCCUACAUUGCAAACUACAACACCUGAAACAAUUACAACUGGCCAGUCUACAAAUACAGCCCAGCCAACAGCAACAACAACAUCAACCAGAAGAUCUACAUCCCAACCAUUAAGCACUGCAACCCAUUCUACAACAUCAUCUACGUCCCCAGCUUCAAAAAUUACAACUCAGUCUACAACAACUGCAGACAAAACUUUAGCUCACACUACACUUACCAGUGAAGCACAGUCUGUAGUUACAUCACAACUUACAGCAUCUGCAAUCCAAACAACAAAAAUUACAACUCAGUCUACAGCUCACACUACAUUUACAAAUGGAGCACAGUCUCUAGCUACAUCACAACCUACAACAACUGAAAUCCAACCAACAAUAUCAACCACAACAUCCACAACAACUACAACUCAGCCUUAUGCCUCAACCCAGCCAACAAUAACAACAUCACCACCCAAAAGAUCUUCACCCCAACCAUUAAGUACAACUACAACCACUGCAACCCAGCCUAAAACAUCAUCUACAUCCACAGUUUCAAAAAGUACACCUCACUUUACAACAACAACUAUACAGCAAUCUCUAUCCCACACUACACCUACACAUGGAGCACAGUCGCUGGCUACAUCACAACCUACAGCAACUGGAAUCCAAACAACAAUAUCAACCACAAGCCCAUCCACAACAACUACAACUCAGCCUAAUUCCUCAACCCAGCCAACAGUAACAACAUCACCACCCAAAAGUUCUUCAUCCCAACCAUUAAGUACAACUACAACCACUGCAACCCAGUCAAGAACCGCCACUACAAUUCCACAGAAAACUACCAAACAACUCUUUACAACUACAACCAGUCCAGCACUUCAAACCAGCACACCCUUAACCACCAUUAUACCAGUCAGGAUUAUCAGCAACCAAACUUUUGAUUCUGCACUGUUGGACUCCAAUUCAACUACCUUUACAGAUCGAGUACAAAGAGUCAAAGAUGAGUUUUCGGUUAUCUUAAGAAAAGCCUUCCCAUCCUUCUUCAAACUGAAAGACAUUCGCUUCCAACCCGGAUCAAUUAUCAAUGACAUGAAUGUAGAAUUCAGGAUGGAUGGCACAUUGCCCACUAAUGAAGAAAUCAAAAAUAUCUUUAUCAAUAGCACCACUACAUUUAAUAUCAUAGCAGUAGAGGUCAGGACAACAGAUACAGUUUCAACCACAGUCAAACCUACAACACACAAAUCAAGUACCAAAUCGAAUGCAGUCAAACCCAUCACCACAACAACCCCCAGGACAACCACCACAAGAAAAACCACCACACCAGCCCCAAAGUCAACCACUGCCAGAAAAACCACCAGAACCAUCCCAAGGACCACCACCGCCAGAAAAAACACCACACCAACCCCAAGGACAACCACAACCAGAAAAAUCACCACACCAACCCCAAAGACAACCACUGCCAGAAAAACCACCAGAACCAUCCCAAGGACCACCACUACCAGAAAAGCCACCACCAAAACAACCAGAAAAACCACCACAACAACCCCAAAGACAACCACAGCAACCACUACAACUGCAGCUCCAAAACGUCCUCCACCAGUCGUAGCAAUAGACAUGAUCAUUGUAGUAUUAUUUGUUCCAGCGCUUGAAAACUCACAAAGUGUGGAAUUUAAAAACCUAGCGGAAAAGGUUCAAACUGAGUGUGACAAAGUCUAUCGAAAGAAGUAUGGACCUCUGUUUAUCAGGACCAUUGUGAUUGCUUUCAGAGGUGUUGCCAGAACUCGAGCAGAACAAAAUGUGCAGGCGGAGCUUGAAUUAGUGUUCAAUGAAACUUCCAGUGAACCAAUCCCAGCCAACAGUGAGAUUGUAGAAACCCUAAAAGUCGCAGCUACAGCUCCAAACUCUGGCUUUAACCUUACUGUUGUAGUUUCUUCUAUAAGUGUUAUCAGAGCACUACAGAUAAUUCCAGUAACAAUUUUGACCAAUGGCAGUUUUGUGGCUUCUCUUACAAAUUCAAGUUCAACUGAGUACCGUAACAGGGCAUCAAUGAUUAAAAUCGGACUUGAACCCUUUUUCACUGAGGAUUAUCCAACAUCCUUCAAUGUUUUAUCUUUAACAAACAUCAGUGAUGCCAGUGUAAAAUCAAUCAGUGAGGCUACGAUUCGAAACACAAUGGAUCUUACUUUUGCAGCGAACAGCACUUUACCCAAUAGCACCCAGAUCGUGAACACUAUAGUCCGAGCUGCCAACAACAACACGCUGCCCUUCAAAAUCUUCACAUAUUCAAUCGUGAUAAAUGGAACAGAAUAUUCAUCAGCUGAAGUCGGCAGCAGGAUAAGCGUGCUGAGUGCAUUAGUCUGGGUUGCUGUGACAGUGCCGUUUAUGUGGCUUGACUAACUAUAACCGUGCAUCACGUCCGUUUACCAGCUGUGUGACAGGAAAGGACACGUGAAACACCUGAGAAACACUAAUCAGACUUGGAGCAAGUGGACGCUGUGUUUAUUCUACUGUACACGAACUGGCCUUAAUAUUAUCAUACAAGUAUAUUCUGUAAGGACUUAUUUACUAUUAUUUAUUCAGAAGAAAAUAGCAAUCAUGUUGUUAUUAAACUCUAUCUAAAGUAUUUAUUCAUAAAAUUUUAGAGUAUUUCUUAAAAUGUAUCAUAUAUAGUUUCUUUAUAAUGUUCACACAAGUAAAAACAAUGUUGUGGGAACUUUUGGGUUUAAAAAAUUAUUUUUACUCAUCAGCUUCAACAUUAAAGGUGUUGUAAGCAAUAUUAGCUAUUUUGUAACUACUGAAUGAGACACCGGCCUGCUUAUCAACCCUCUGUAGAUCUUUGUAAACGCAUGAUCUCACACAACAAAUUCACACUCUUGCUUCCUGUAUAUAGGCACUGCCCUUGAGCACGCAAAUGAUAAAACAGAAAGCAUUCUGAUUGAAGUAACAUCACGGGGAUACCAGCGAUAUUUACUGGUAUCUGUCUAAUAUAACUAAGCCGUGAUUUUUCUGGUGUAACAGCUUAUUAGUAACUGCUUACUGUAUACAUGUACAAAGAUAUAUCUGUAAAUAUAUUUCCAAAUAUCAAAAAAUAAAAAGUGCAA